UAACAUGUCUUACUAAAUCAGUUUUCUCAUCCAGCCAAUAGCAGCCUUUCUCCCGAGUCUCAGCUUUUGCCGCUAAAACCAAACCCGCUAAUGCUCUGCGUUGCUCAGCCGUGUGUAUGUGGAGGAUUUACCAAAAAAAGGUCUGUAAUUCGUGUGAAAAUGGGAAUUUCUGGGCUGUUGCAGUUCAUCAAAGAUGCAGCAGAGCCCGUCAACGUGAAGAAGUACAAAGGCCAGACGGUGGCUGUGGACACGUACUGCUGGCUGCAUAAAGGAGCUUUUUCUUGUGCCGAGAAGCUGGCAAAGGGGGAACCGACCGACCAGUAUGUGUGGUACUGUAUGAAGUUUGUAGACAUGUUGUUGAACUUCAGCGUUAAACCCAUCCUGGUGUUCGACGGACGCAACCUCCCCUCCAAACAAGAGGUGGAAAAGGCUCGCAGACAACGCAGAGAAGCUAACCUCCAACGCGGCAAACAGCUGCUUCGUGAGGGUAAGCCGUCCGAGGCGAGAGACUGUUUCAGCCGCUGUGUUAACAUCACGCCCGCCAUGGCUCACAACCUCAUUAAGGCUGCCAGGACCCGAGGGGUGGACUGUGUGGUGGCUCCUUAUGAGGCUGACGCUCAGCUGGCUUACCUCAACAAGUGCGGUUUGGCUCAGGCGGUCAUCACCGAGGACUCGGAUCUGCUGGCGUUUGGCUGCAAAACGGUGAUUCUGAAAAUGGACAAGCAUGGUAACGGCCUGGAGAUCGACCAGAGUAACCUGGGCCGCUGCCGCUCCCUGGGCAACGUUUUCACGGAGGAGAAGUUUCGCCACAUGUGCAUCUUGUCUGGCUGCGACUACCUGCCCUCGCUGCACGGCAUCGGCCUGGGGAAGGCCUGCAAGCUGCUGCGGCUCGCCAGAGACCCCGACAUCCUGAAGGUGAUCAGGAAGAUGGGUCAGUACCUGAAAAUGAAUCUGGUCAUCCCUGACGAGUACAUGGAGGGGUUUGUUAAAGCCAACAACACCUUCCUGUACCAGCUGGUGUUUGAUCCUGUCAGCAGAAAGGUGGUGCCCCUGAACCCGUACCCAAAGCACCUGGACCCGUCCACCCUCAGCUACGCCGGCCUAAAUCUAGAUGAUGACCGAGGUUUGGAUUUGGCCUUGGGAAACCUCGACAUCAACACCAUGGAGAGGAUAGAUGACUUCAACCCAGACGAACCAACCCCACAGCUGUGUAAAGCUCGCAGUAACAGCUGGAACCAGCCACCGGCUUCAGCCGGGACCAGCAUCUGGAGCAGGAGAUUUACGCUUGCCUCUGCUGCUCCUCUCCACCCUGCUCAGCAGCCUCCCUCCACCAGGAGGCAGGAGAGAGUCAUCAGCCUGGACAGGCUGAAGCUGCAGGCCAAGAGGCCCAGAGAAGACUCUUGUUUAUCGGAUCAGGAAGUUCUUCAGCAGUAUUCCACUUCAGAGCUGAAGCGAUCCCGGCCGGAUCAGCAGCCAGACCGGUCUUCGUCCAGCGCUCAGACACGACCACGCAACCGCUUCGCCACGCUGCUGCAGAGGAGGAACCAGGAGGUCGAGGAGCACGGCGGCCAGGCCACCCGCAGCAGGUUCUUCAGGAGCUCGAACCAGGGGGUGGAGCCAGCAUCUGAGGACCGGUCCUCCCCGAGAAGACAAAUUCAUGACAGUAGUGGUCCUGAAAUCCCCUCUGUGGACGCUCCCAGUCCACCUGUGUCUCCUACUAGCACCCCUCCCAGUUCAGCCAGUCAGGGCCUCAAACUGUUCCAGUGGUCCUGCAGCUCCGGCCUGAGCACCCUGCAGCAGUUUCAGUACAAGAAGGAGGGUUUUCCAUCUUCCCAAAAUGUCCUCAGACCUUCUGGACAGUUGUCCUCUUCACAGUCGUCUUCCCCUGAGAUCAAAUCAGAGGACAAGGACAACCUCUCAGAUUCUCCUCCCUCUGAGGAGGGUACAUUUAUCUCCCAGUCCCUGUCCCAGUCCUCCUUCACUUCCUGCCAAAAAGAAGCCCUCAACAGCAGCUUCCCCCUCACUGGCCCUGAAGACGCUGCCCCUGAGAUGAAUUCCACCUCAGAUUUAGAACCAGAACCAGAGAGUCCCGUCUGUCCGGCAGAGGCAGACGGGAAACCCGGAAUGCUGGGAUCAAAGGUCUCCGGACUGUCCAGGCUAAAGUCCAGCAGUCGGAUUCAAACAGCCAAGAUCCAGUCUUUGGGUCCGGCUAGAGCCAGUGGUUUAAGGAAGAGGAGUUCCGGUUCUGGGAAGAAAUACUCCUCCACCAAUAAUGAGAACAACCCCGGGUUCCAGGCCACCAUCAGCAGCUUGUGGAAGAACUACAGCUUCAAAAAGGACACACAGAAGAUGACUUCCUGUAAGAAAGGAGAGCCCAUGUCUCCAGUCAAAGACAACCUGUUGAUCAGCUGACCUCUGUGACCUCUGGAGGCUGCAGGCUCUGUGCGUGGCGAAGCUUUCGGACAUACCGUGUAUGUUUAUAACUUGUUAUUUCUUCCUGUAUAAUUAACAAUAAAACGUUUUGAAUCCGA